CUAAUUCUUUAAUUAACUCUUUCGACUAUGGCUGCUGCUGCUCUCCCCAAGAUGCAAUACACUAACCUUGGUAACACUGGAUGCCGUGUUUCCCGAAUUUGCCUUGGAUGCAUGUCCUUCGGCGACAAGCGAUGGGCUCCUUACGUCGUUGACGAGAAGGAAUCAUUGCCUUUGAUCAAGAAAGCAUACGAUGCCGGGAUCAAUUUUUUUGACACAGCAAACGUAUACUCUCAUGGUGUCAGUGAAGAGAUUUUAGGCAAGGCUAUCAAGACAUACGACUUACCUCGCGGCAAGAUCGUGGUUGCCACUAAGGUUUUCUUCCUUUGCGCUGAAGGCAAUCCUGGUAUCCCAGCAUUUGGAAAGGGACAGGACUGGAUUGAGCAAGAAGCUGGAUAUGUUAAUGGCAACGGUUUGUCUCGCAAGCAUAUUUUCGAUUCCGUUGACGCCAGUUUGCGCCGACUGAACCUCGAUUAUAUCGACCUUCUUCAGAUUCACCGUUUUGAUCCCAAAACCCCCGUUGAAGAGACUAUGGAAGCUCUUCAUGACGUUGUCCGUAUGGGUAAAGUCCGCUACAUUGGUGCGAGCUCCAUGUGGGCAUGGCAAUUCGCAAAGAUGAAUGCCGUUGCCGAGAAGAAUGGCUGGACCAAGUUCGUGACCAUGCAAAACCACUACAAUUUGCUUCACCGCGAAGAAGAGCGUGAGAUGCAUCCUUACUGCGUGGACGCAAAAAUCAAGACUCUUCCUUGGUCACCUCUCGCUGGUGGAAUGCUUGCCGGAAAGAACAGAGACACUGAGCGCUCCAAGUUGCGCCCUGAUUAUAAUGAACAGGACAGUGCCAUCACCGAUCGUGUGGUCGAAUUGGCAGAAAAGAAAGGAGUUCCCGCUGCUCAACUGGCUUUGGCUUGGGUUCUUUCUAAGGACGUUGUGUCCAGCCCUAUCAUCGGUUGCAGAAAGGAGAGCCAUCUUGAAGAUGCCAUCAAAGCACUUGAUAUUAAAAUCACCGAUGAAGAAGCCAAGGACUUGGAAGAGCUGUAUCAGCCCCGUACCCCAGUUGGUCAUACUUAAGCGUGCUAGCCACAACAAUCUGUCCUUUCGAAAUAAACUGAAAAA